UGACAGUGGACUUUUUUUUUUCUAAUGCGGAAGAGAAACAAAACCUUAAACGAUGGUUUCAGUCUGAACUUGUUACAAAAUGAAGGAAUAAACUUCGGCAAACAGGAAGAAACGAGAGAGGGUCCGUUGACAGUUUAUUUUAGAGGACAGGAAACACUUCACCGGAACUAAUGGCAGCAGGCAACUUACAGAAAGCUAUCGAUCUGGCCAACAAAGCUGCACAGGAGGACAAAGCCAAGAACUAUGAGGAAGCCCUCAGAUGUUACCAGCAUGCAAUCCAGUACUUCCUCCAUGUUGUCAAGUAUGAGGCUCAGAGUGAACGAGCGAAGGAGAGCAUCAGGGAUAAGUGUAAAGACUACCUGGGCAGAGCCGAGCAGCUGAAGGAACACCUGAAGAAAAUGGAGAAGAGUCCUCCGGCUAAACCUGUCAAAGAGAACCACUCUGAUGACAAAGGGAGUGAAAGUGAUGACGGGGACAACCAAGAGAAAAAGAAGUUUCAAAAUCAACUCUCAGGUGCCAUCAUCAUGGAAAAGCCAAACAUUAAGUGGGAUGAUGUAGCUGGACUUGAAGGAGCCAAAGAAGCAUUGAAGGAAGCCGUCAUUCUGCCCAUCAAAUUCCCUCAUCUGUUCACAGGAAAGCGAACUCCUUGGCGGGGGAUCCUUCUCUUUGGCCCUCCAGGAACAGGAAAAUCCUACCUGGCCAAGGCGGUGGCCACCGAGGCCAACAACUCCACCUUCUUCUCCAUCUCCUCCUCCGACCUCGUGUCCAAGUGGUUGGGGGAAAGUGAAAAGUUGGUGAAGAACCUGUUCUCUUUGGCUCGAGAGCACAAACCAUCCAUUAUUUUCAUUGAUGAGAUCGACUCCCUCUGUGGCUCCAGGAGCGAGAACGAGAGCGAGGCAGCGCGCAGAAUCAAGACAGAGUUCCUUGUUCAGAUGCAGGGCGUUGGAAUCGAUAAUGAAGGAAUCCUGGUUCUGGGAGCCACAAAUAUACCAUGGACAUUGGACUCUGCUAUUAGGAGAAGGUUUGAAAAGCGAAUCUACAUCCCUCUGCCUGAGGAGCACGCUCGCUCGUUCAUGUUCAAACUGCAUCUGGGAUCCACCCCCAACGACCUGACAGAGACAGACUUCAUCAGUCUGGGCCAGAAGACAGAGGGCUACUCUGGGGCUGACAUCAGUGUGAUCGUCAGGGACGCCCUCAUGCAACCUGUCAGGAAGGUUCAGUCUGCCACUCACUUCAAAAAGGUCCGGGGUACAUCUUGGAACAACCCAGGUGUUGUGUCGGAAGACCUACUGACUCCUUGCUCGCCGGGAGAUCCAAACGCCAUAGAGAUGACGUGGAUGGACGUCCCUGGAGAAAAACUCCUGGAGUCGGUCGUGUGCAUGGCCGACAUGCUGAGGUCACUCACUAACAUCAAGCCGACAGUGAAUGAGCAGGACCUGGAUAAGCUGAAGAAGUUUACGCAAGAUUUUGGUCAAGAAGGGUAGCACUAUCCACACUCUGCUCGUGAAACAGACGACAGUUCACAACGGUUGUCACUCUCAGUUAAGGUUUUGAUUGUUUCAUCCAUCUGUCUGGUCUAUAGCAGGUUUUCCUAAACUUAGUUUAUGACCCUGGUUGUCAGAACAAAGUAUGUUACCAUAAGAUAUGAAAAAAAAAUGCUCCAACAGCAAAAGUUUGUUGUUUGUGACAAAUAAGAUGAUUAAUUAAUGAAAUAUAAUCAAUAAAUCAACAGUUUCAGCACUUUUUAUUACUAACAUAACAAUCGUUUACAUCUUCACAUCUAAGGUUUUGUGUUUCUUUUACUUGUUGAUUUUAUUUUUGCAAUUCUAAAACUUAAAAGAUAAUCUCUUUAUUUUUUUAAAGAAAACCUUCUGUCUUUAAAUAUAUAUAUAUAUGUAUAUAUAUGUGUGUGUAUAUAUAUAUAUAUAUAUAUACAUACAUAUAUAUAUAUUUAUAUGGAGUCGAUGAUUGUGCAACAGUGACUGUGGGUAAAUGCACCUUUUCAACACUACGUACCUCUCACCAUUGUCUAAGGAGGAUUGUACUCGUAUUGUUCUCAACAGAAUUGGUUUCAGGGUUGUUUUUUUGUGAAUGGGAACAACUACUAUAACAUUUAGAGAGUUUGCUCUCUUUAAAUCAUGUGGGUUAUUUGAAAAGCAGCAUCAAUGAAUUUGUAUAUUCUUUGCAAAAAUAAAGGGUGUUUUCUGAA